AUCCUAGAAGUGAAGAAGCUCCAUUUUCAAAGGCUGGAUCCGGAGCGGGUAUGCCCUGAUGGCCAAACUCGCAUCCCGAUGGUGCACUGGAUGUUUCGACACGCGCCAGAGCAGCCAUUCAGCCCGAUUCGCAGGGAGGACGUUGAAGUACUGGUGGAAAGCUCUGGCUAUUUCGUCUGCAUCGCUCCUGCAAACGCCGCCAAGCGCAUCAGGCGCUCCGAAUGCGAGCUGGUCUUCGAUCAUAGUAAUUUGUUUGUCAAGGAGCCGUGGUACUCGAGCAUGUCUCCGCACAAAUGGUGUGAACAAGUAGGGGUGGGAAAAGAAGACACCGAGGCUUACCUCCAGGCAAUCGAGAACAACAUUACCGGGGUGGCUCCCAACUCGUUUACUCUGGCCGCCGUUUCAAAGCUGGAUGGCAAUGUGGUGGGCUAUGUGCACUGCACGCGACGCACAAAAGAGCUAAGCAUUGGCCAUCUAAAAGUGGACUGGGAGCACCAGAGCCGGGGCGUCGGCGGCAUGUUGAUUGCUGCUGGCGAAAAGUCGGCACAAGAGCGUGGCUGGAGCUUCGAAAACACCUGCCUGGCAGUUCUGAAAAAGAACUACCAGGCGCGCAGUUGUUACUGCAAAGACGGCUUUCGGCAAACGUCCGAGAGCCAGGGCAACUUCCCCACUGAAGGUGGUGAUCCUGAGCGCUGGCACACCAUGUCCCGCGGCGCAAAACGGGCCGCGGACAGCGACUCGGGCGUGCCAACAAGGAAACUCCGCCGGAGAGACUGA